CGCAGAGCUGCUGCUGUGGCUCCGGUGGCGCACAACAUGAAGUAAAUCACUACAUUUGGAACAACUGGAGAAAUUUAAAGAAAGGAAGUUUUUUUAGGAGGAGAAGCAGCGAUGGGGGUCGUAGUCAACGCGGUGGCUACUUUCGGUGCCUUCAUUACUAGUAUCAUGAACUUUUUCACUGAUAUAUUUCUGACACCACCGCUGAAAGCAACCAUCAAACAUUUAGAGGAAACUGAACUCAAAACUCUGACAGGAGACAUAAAGACUUUGAAGGCCAGGUCUCUGUGGGAGAAGACCGGAGCUGUCAUCAUGGCAGUCCGGCGGCCUGGAUGAUUUUUGUGCAGAGAGGAGGCUGCAGAGCUGUCCUCUCUGAAACCCCAGCUGGACGAGCUCGGGGUUCCUCUGUACGCUGUGGUGAAGGAGGACGUCGGCACCGAGGUCCAGAACUUCAGACCGUACUUCAAGGGGGAGAUCUUCCUGGACGAAAAGAGACGCUUUUAUGGUCCCCGUGAGCGAAAGAUGGGUCUCCUGGGGUUCCUGCGUGUCGGGGUUUGGUUGAACGGCUUGAGGGCCUUCCAGAAGGGCUUCAUGGGGAACGUUUUAGGGGAGGGGUUUGUCCUCGGUGGGGUCUUCGUCAUUGGGAGAGGACAGCAGGGAAUUCUGCUGGAGCACAGAGAGAUCGAGUUUGGAGAUAAAUUCAACCGUGAAGAUGUGAUCCAAGCUGCCAGGAGGAUACCACAGGAACUUCUUUCUCUGGAAAACAAAUAAUGCUUUUGUAUUAUUAGAAACUCGUGGCUGUAAAACAAAAAAAAAAAGCAAGCAUCUGACAGUCUCGUAUAUUGUAGAUUGCAGAGAAUAAUAUAUUAGUUAAAAGUGAAAUGUGAAACUUGAUGUCUGAUAAUGACUUAAAAAAAACUAAAGGAAGUGCACAAUACUGGUUAGUACUGGUUACUAUGGCGACCAGGAUGCAUUUAGUGGUCUGACUGGUUCAGUAUGAGGCUCCAAGUGUUGUUAAUGAUGGUUUGACUUUAAACUCGAUAGAGGAAGCAGACUUGAUGUCUAACACUGUGUUUUGUUUGUUUUCAUACUGUGUUUGUGAUACCACGAUGUCACCUUGGGAGCAAAGAACCAAUAAAAACCCGUCUUUGCACCGCA